AUGACUGGUGUUCAGAAAGCCAAACAGGUCAUUGAACCGAGGAAGGAAACUUACUACAAAAACAAGAAGACAGUUAAUAAGAGUUCUGUCAAAAACUCGGCCUUUUGGUGUCGCUCCAGGACUCGCGAGGACACCCAACACCCACCUCUACCACCCAGAAAGCAAAAACAGCUCUUUGGAGCUCCUUUUGAGGACGUAUGUGAUAAUGACACCCUGCCCACCCCAAUUCUGGAGAUGCUUUCCUUUAUCAAUCAAAAAGGGCCGUUCACAGAAGGCAUCUUCAGAAAAUCAGCCAGUAUAAAAUCCUGCAUAGCCCUAAAGGAGAAACUAAACGCUGGACACAAAGUGAACUUGGAUGAUGAAUCCGUUCUCGUAGUAUCGUCUGUCUUAAAGGAUUUUCUUCGAAAUAUCCAAGGAAGCAUCUUUUCAGCCCAUCUCUAUGAUAAAUGGCUUGCUGUUAUUGAUCAAGGGAAUGAGGAGGAGAAAAUAACUGCGACCCAGAGGCUUGUAGACCAGCUACCGAAAGCCAAUGUAGUGUUGUUGCGAUACCUUUUUGGAGUGUUACACAACAUUGAGCAACAUUCCUCAUGCAAUCAGAUGACAGCUCAUGAUUUAUCCUUGUAUCUUACCCCAAGCAUCCUUUGUCUGCUUAAUUCUGGAAGCUCAGCAUUUGAAAAUGUCACCAAAAAGGUUUCUCUGAUACAAUUCCUCAUUGAAAACUGUCUCAAGAUAUUUGGAGAAGAUAUCACUUCUCUCUUUGGAGAGAACUCAGUGAGUUGUGAUAACAGUGAUAUCACUGAUAACAGUGAGAUUUCAGACAAGAAGACAGUUAAUAAGAGUUCUGUCAAAAACUCGGCCUUUUGGUGUCGCUCCAGGACUCGCGAGGACACCCAACACCCACCACUACCACCCAGAAAGCAAAAACAGAUCUUUGGAGCUCCUCUUGAGGACAUAUGUGAUAAUGACACCCUGCCCACCCCAAUUCUGACAGCAGAGGACCUGAAAAUACAGGAAAAGGAACUAGAAAGGCUGAUGAGAAAGGAAUGA